UAUAACUUCAUACCCAAACACAACAGUGAAUUCACACUUUGACGAUGUGUACUGUGUUUGUUAUCCUGCAUUUAGGGGUCAUUUCAGCACUAGUCCAAGCUCAACAUGUAUUCAAUGUCAUGGUAUUACGUUCUGAAACCGAGGAAUUUGAAAUGACAGCGUGCGCAGAUGGUGAAGAAUACCUCUACGUAGAUUUAGACAAUCAAAAAGUAGUGAUAACAGCACCUGAAUUCAGCAAACAAAUAGAGUGUCCUGUUUGUUUGAACGUAGCAGAAGGUUAUAUCCCUGUGGGAAAAAAACAUUUCAGUGACUUGGCUUUUGAUAGCCCAGAAGCUAAAGUUCCCCCUGAUGUCAUGCUGUAUCCCAAGGAAGAGGUGAAGCAGGGAGUAAACAACUAUCUUGUCUGCUACAUCAAUAAUUUUUUUCCUCCACCUGUUCAAGUCAAAUGGACAAAGAAUGAUGUGAAGAUCACAAAGGGAGUGAAAGCAAGUCAUUAUUUAUUCAAUAAUGACAUCACCUUCUACCAUUUCUCCACUCUGACCUUUGACCCAGAAGAUGGGGACAUCUACACCUGUACUGUGGAGCACCCAGCCUUGGAUGAACCUGUAACCAGGAAAUGGGAGUUUGAGGUGCCCCCUGGUCCCAGUCUGGAUCCUGUUGUGUUCUGUGGACUGGGUCUCACUCUGGGGAUCCUGGGAAUCGCUACUGGAAUGUUCUUUUGUGUCAAAGGAAUGCAGCUUACAAAUGUACUAUGAUGUUUUUCUCAUGCAUGUUUUUAGCAUGUUAUAGGCCAUUCACAUGGGAGACGGUGUGAACUGCACUCAAUGCAAGGUCAGGGAAAUGAUAGUCAAGGUACAUGAAACAGAUUUCUACUGACUUUAGCUAGCAGCAAUACCAGCCCUUAUUCAAUAACUAGUGUGGCUAGGUAUUUACUUGCAAUUCCACAUGCUGUUUUUCCUCUAGUCACGUGACUUGUUAGUAAGAUCCUGGUAUUCAUUCACUGUAGUGAAUAAAUACAGUUUAUUCUCCAUUUAUUCAUAGAAUGACUGUAACACGCUGCAAUCAGAUUAGUUGCACUUUGGGAAGUUAGCGACAUCAGAAGUCAAACCUCAAAUAGUUUGAACUUUUAGGGCAGCAACUCAGCUAUAUUUUUGGCUAGUGUGGGCUGCUUGGCUAGGUGCAGUCGUUUAGGAAAGUGCAGCUACAUCCUUUAUUGGAACUAAUGAAUUUCUCCAAUGCAAUGCCGUUCUUCACAGAUCAUACAGGUGCCCCUUUAGAUCUAAUGUCCAACUUUUGAUUUAAGUCAUUGUAAGGGGCACUUAUUGUAAUGUACAGUGAAGUGCUGCCUUUCUAAGGAACUUUUCAAAAGAGGAGAGAAAUAAAAGUACCAAAUAGUUUACUCAGAACAUAUAGCCUGUGUUUAUUAAACAUAAAUUAUUAAACAGUA